AUGGUGAACACUCGCACAUAUAUCCUUCCGACAUCUUCCGUAAGUUAUCCCCCUCUUUCUCGCACCCUUUGCAGGUUGUAUUCUACAUCAUGGAACAGACCUCGUCAGGCCAUGAUGUUGACACCAUGCUCCGGUUACUUGUGCAGUGCUCAGCGCUUUCCAGUUCCUGAAAGCCUCUUUGAGGAAGCUACUGUGCAACCUUAUGUUCACAACUGCUUCAUCACCAUGUACGAAGGGAGACACACCUACCGAUUCUGUGUAUUCUUCAAGCAGCAUCUUCAUCUAAGAGCCAACUCACUCCUCAGCAGUGGUAAUCGUCAAUUCCGAGGUAACGCAGUAGUCACAAGGAUUGGAGUUAAAAACUCUUCUGUUGUGAAUAUGCGAGGGAGAGACAAUGCACUUGCCGACUUCAUAAUCCACCAGUGA